AUGGUUAAAGCUACCUCCGCCUUCGUGGCCACCACCCUGCUGGCUUCCUCAGCCAUGGCCUGGGAGUCUGCUGCAACCACCACCACCACCACCACCAAACCUGUCGACCCGGCCACCACCGAUGCCCCAUGGCUCGAUUGGACCAGCUCUACGACAACCAGCAAGGAGGUUGACCCUGUGAAGAGCACCACCACCACUGUCGACCCUUGGCUCGACUGGACCAGCUCGACCACCACCAGCAAGAAGGUCGACCCGGUCAAGAGCACCUCGACCAGCGUUGAUCCAUGGGCUGACUGGGCGAGCACCACCACCACCUCCAAGAAGGUUGAUCCCGCAAAGACCACAUCGACCACCCACGUCUGGGCUGACUGGACUAGCUCGUCCGUCAAGCCAGUUGACCCCGCCGUCACCGCCUCGACUUGGGCCCCUGUCGACCCCGCCGUUUGCGCCGCCGUCACUGUGACCUAUACCGGUGCCGGAUUCUGGGUUCCCGAUCCCGCUGGAGCCUGGGCUGACUGGACCAGCUCUUCAUCGACCACCAAGAAGGUCGAUCCGGCCAAGAGCACCUCAACCACCUGGGCUGACUGGGAGGUCACGACCACCAAGAAGGUUGACCCGGCGAAGUCCACCAGCACCACGGUUGAUCCCACCUGGUCCGACUGGGUUGCCUCGACCACCACAACCUUGAAGACAGUUGUCAGCACCACCACCAAGCCUGCUGCCACCACCACCGGCACCAAGCCUCCGUCUGCCGCGCCCACUUGCCCAUCUGACAACAAGAAGAGCGUCCUUGCUGGUGGAUCUUGCGGCUGCAGCUUCACCGUGAACUGCGGCGUUAAGGCCUCCCCAGAUGCCUCGUCCCUCUUCUGGGAGAAGACUUCCGGCGGCAUUGUUCCUACCCUUGCUGAAUGUUUGGCUCUCUGCGACAGCAACGACAAGUGCGAGGCUGCCCUGUGGGUUGAUGAUGCCACCAACGGCGACUACCAUCACUGCUGGCAAAUCAGCGGACUCGGUGCCCCAACUGGUGAGGGUGUUGCUCAAAUCUCAUACAAGGGUACCUGCUCCGGCAAGUGCUCUGAGUCCUACACCAAGGCAUAA